AUGGAGCGGCUAACGCAGCAGCCGGAGCGUCCAGUACAGGGCCGCAACAGAACCACUUGCGCUCGUGCUGUGGGCGACGUCUUUCGGUGGGGUGUCGACAGGGGCGAGAGCCAGAUGGGCUUCCACUUCGAGACGCCCGAGCUGCAGACAGGGAAGACGAAGUUGUGGAAGGUCUUCGGGGAUGCUCGGUGGGACGGUUGUCCGCUAGUGUACAAGUACGACUUUGGAGAUCGCUGGGAGCAUGAAAUUGAGGUUGUUGGACGGGAGGCGCCCACGGGAUGGUGUGUAUGCAAGGACGGAAGGGGCAUGGUGCUGCUGAUGAUGUGGUUUGGGGUGGGUCGAGUUAGUCGAGGCUUAUAG